AUGAAUCCCUCCACGAUAAGGCUUGGAAGCAACCCAGUCGUGAUACCCGUCUCCCCCCAAAGCUACGAUAUUGCCGAGGAAUUGUCCCAUGCCUUUGAUAACUUCUUGGAAUCUCACGAAAAAGAGGGAUCUCCAGCCGAGCUGGUGUUGAGAUUCAUCAUCUUCGUGUCGCUCCAGAAGGCAACCACCUCCGAUUCUUCAUAUCCAGGAACUGGUCCGUUUCUCGAAGAUCUAUGCGACUUUUAUGAGCAAUCUAUCUUGGAGAAACAUGAUAUCCAUACUCACGCGGGUAAUGUCACCGACACUUAUCAACUCAGGUCUGAAUUGCUUCGCCUGCACUAUACCGCCUACUUGAACCCCCAAAUACCUCUUCAAUUGGAAAUGUCUUCUCUUUUCUGUGCCGCAAGCACAGGCAAUGCAAAUAUAUAUGCCAUUUUCGGUGGACAGGGUAACACUCGGGAAUACUGGCAAGAGAUACAGCAGCUUUAUCAUGCAUAUGAACCACUGUUCAAACCGUUUGUCGUUGCCCUCGACAGUCACUUAUCUAGUCUGGCCUGCCACCCAGCCGCUAGAAAGCAAUUUUCCCAGGGUUUCAGUGUUCUUAAUUGGUUGAAAAAUGCCAAAGAUAUACCUUCAUCAGAAUAUCUUUUACGCGCGCCUGUUAGCCUACCUCUCAUCGGGCUUCUUCAAUGCAUGAGUCUCCACGCACUGCUAGCGGCACUUGGGAUUUCACCACAAGAGAUUCCUUUAGUAUUCAAGCAGAUACACGGGCACUCACAGGGUAUCGUUGUAGCCGCCGCCGCAUCCUCUGCUACAUCAUGGGAAGACUGGUAUCAAUAUGCCACCCACGCCAUUACCAUUCUUUUCUGGAUCGGAGUUCGAAGUCAGCAGGCCUUUGCCGAUGCACCACCGUCCCCAAACCAAAUUUCCGAUAUUACACAGCGCGGGCAAGGAGAACCAUCUCCAAUGGUAUCUGUGUCAAAUACACAGCGACACAUUCUUACACAACAAAUCGAUCGUCUGAAUGAGGGAUUGCCCGUCAGCAAGCAUAUUGCUAUCUCCCUUGUCAACAGCGACACUGGUUUUGUGGUCAGCGGGCCACGACGAGCACUGAUAGCAUUGAGUAAUAUUAUUCAAAAGGAUAUUCCGAAAGAAAGCCAACAUAGGGUCCCAUUUUCGGAGAGGAGAGCAGUCCCCUCGCUCACCUUCCUUCCUGUUAGCCUUCCAUUCCACUCUAACAUCCUCUCAUCAGCGGUGGACGCGGCUUUGGGGGACUUGAAAGAUGUGCGAAUACUUCGGAGCCAGCUACGGAUUCCUGUCAACCAAACUGCCGGUCACUUUCCCUGGAAAGAUGGUUCUGAGACGAACAUUGUUCCCGACCUUGUGCGACUGGUCACUGUCCUUCCGGUUAACUGGAAGGAUCAUUCAUUCGAUGGUGCUACCCAUGUGGUUGACUUCGGGCCUGGAUUGGGGAGUGGUAUCGGGGCUUUAGCUCAGCGCAGCUUGCAAGGAACGGGCACACGAACAAUAUCGGCCAAUGUACUCGCCAAAAAGCAGUCCAGUUCACUCGGGUCUAGAUUUGAGUUGUUUGAUCGCCAGAACAUUUUCCGAGGAAAGGAUUGGAGCUCUUCGUUUGGGCCAGAGGUCAUACAAACGGCCGCCGGUAUGCAUAUAGCAACCCGAUUCAGUCGACUUCUUGGCCUUCCACCUUUCAUGAUUGCUGGUAUGACUCCUACCACUGCGCAUAUUCCUCUGGUAGCAAAAGCUAUGCAGGCCGGCUAUCACAUUGAACUUGCUGGUGGCGCAUAUCAUUCGCCUGCUCGGCUCACGGAAGCACUCGAGAAAUUGCGUCCCCAAAUGCCCAAAGGUCGAGCCGUCGCCUUGAACAUCAUAUACAUCAACCCGAGGGCCAUUGCCUGGCAAAUUCCCUUAAUUCGGAAAUUGGUCGCUGAAGGCUACCCCAUUGACAGUAUCACUGUUGGUGGUGGUGUUCCUUCCUUAGAUGUAGCAACACAGUACAUUACCACGCUGGGUCUUCGAUACAUAUCAUUCAAGCCGGGCUCCAUCGCUGCUAUACAGAGUGUGUUACAGAUAGCACGCGCCAAUCCAUCAUUUCCUGUUGUUCUUCAAUGGACGGGUGGACGCGGCGGCGGUCAUCAUUCGUUUGAGGACUUUCACCAACCUAUCCUUGAUACAUACGACGAAAUCCGACAUUGCAGCAAUGUUAUCCUGGUCGCGGGGAGUGGAUUUGGAUGUGUUGACGACGUUCACCCAUACUUGACUGGAACCUGGUCACAGAGCAGAGGCAAAGCAGCUGCCAUGCCAUUCGACGGUAUUCUCUUCGGGAGUCGAGUGAUGACAUGCUUGGAAGCUAAUACAGCGACCGGGUCCAAGAGUUGUAUUGCAAAUGCUGAGGGCUUGCAAGAGAACCAAUGGGAAAGCACACUAAAAGGCUCUUGUAGUGGAAUCAUAUCUAUCAAGUCAGAAAUGGGCGAGGCGAUGCAUGUCGUCGCGACAAGGGGUGCCAUAUUCUGGGCCGAAAUGGACUCGACCAUUUUCAGCUUAAGCAAGGAUAAACAGCUUCCAGUUCUACAGGCUCGCAGAAGGAAAAUAAUAGAGAGACUCAACAGAGACUUUCAAAAGGUUUGGUUUGGUUAUAAUGUACAAGCGAACAGCGCAUCUGAUAUCAUACACAUGACCUAUGCUGAGGUUUUGCAACGCAUGGCAUCGCUCAUGUUUUUCCCGGCUCCUCGAGGGUGGAUCGAUGAAAGCUAUCACACCAUAUUUCUUGAUUUCAUGUUGCGCACAGAAGAGCGGCAUGCGUCUUCGAUCAUCCCAGAACCUGCUAUAUCGGCUCUUACGCGCUCAGAUCCCGUGAAAGCUAUUCAAGACCUCGGCGAUACCCAUCCUGCGAUUUACGACAGUCUUUUGAGUACCGAAGAUGUUCAUUACUUUCUUCAAAUUUGCCGAAGGCCAAAUCAGAAGCCUGUACCCUUUGUGCCUGUACUCGAUAUGAAUUUUGAGAGCUGGUUCAAGAAAGACUCCCUUUGGCAGUCCGAAGACCUUGCAGCAGUUCAAGAUCAAGAUGCGCAACGUACCUUGAUUUUGCAAGGUCCGGUCGCAGUUCGGUCAAUCAGCAAGAUCGACGAGCCAGUCAAGGAUGUGAUGGAUGCCAUAAAUGCUGGAAACUUGUCACUUUUACUUGAUAGUGGCGAAUAUGGAGAUCCAGAGAAACUGAAAUAUGAGGAGUUUCUUGCGCCAUUUUCUGUCAUCUCGGAUGCGGAGAAAUGCCAGUCAGAGCUGCGAGCUACAGAGCCGUCGUGGAAAACAGCAUUUUUAAAUCACCCAGUGUUCUUCCAAGAUCGUGGCUUUGUUGCAAACCCGCUGUCAAACAUACUGACACCUACUCAUGCAUCAAUCCAUAAAGGAGAAGAUGUCGUUGCCUUUGGUCAGCACAACGAGAAUGGUGAAUUCCGCGAACAUGUCACCGUCGAGCGCAAUGGACAACAAAUCGCGAUGCAUCUUUGGACGGAUAUCAGUAUGAGUGAUGGGCCACUUCCACUGUCUCUGUUGUAUGAAUACCACCCCGAGGCAUCAUAUUGUCCCAUUUGGGAAACAAUUGACGACCGCACCGAACGUAUUUAUACGUUUUACGAAAACAUCUGGCUUGGUAAGACCGUUGUGGAAGAAUCGGCUGUCCACGCGUUCAUUGAAGCAACGAACUAUAUGGGUGCAUGCGAUGUUCCGCUAGACUUUGGCAUUGUCCUCGCUUGGGGUGCGAUAUCCCGUGCUCUCCUUCAGCGGCCUGUGCAAGGCGACCUGCUCACACUGGUUCAUCUUUCGAACAAGUUUGAAGUUCAAACGGCAGAGCAUCCAUUCCGAAUUGGUGAUUGUGUGACAGCAUCAGCUCAGAUUCAAAAGAUCAGUCUUGGAAAUUCUGGAAAGCUGAUAGAAAUUUCCUGCGACCUGAAGCGUCAUGAAACUCUCAUCGUUACAAUUACCUCCGAGUUUCUAAUACGGGGCUCAUUCAACAACAGCGACCGCUACAUCUUCUCCAAGUCCAAGCGGGAAUCGACCAUAGUGGCUUUCUCCUCAUUGGCGGAGCAAUCCAUUUUGAUUUCAAAGCCAUGGAUUCGCUGGGAUUAUCCAAUAAGUCCCUCGCUCGAUAAGACGGAUCUUAUAUUCCAAGUCGAAACAACCUGUCAAGAAAAAUUGCAAUCUACUCAAGGGGCUGUUUAUGUAACAUUGCAAGGCCAGCGCCAACGCCGGGUUGGUACAGUUGACUAUGCUGGUGAGGUAUCAGUGGCGAACCCUGUUCUAGAGAUGCUUGACCGUCGAGGAAAACCAUUCCACCCACGACAUCCCCUUGAGAACACCAUACCACUGCCAUGUGAAGAAUUACUGGUUCUUUCGUCUUCGAACAGCAAGUACUCCCAAGCCUCUGGGGAUUUCAACCCGAUCCACACAUCGCCGGUAUUCUCGAAUUACGUUCAGUUGCCUGGAACAAUUUCACACGGGAUGAAGACUUCCGCACAGGUCCGCUAUGCAGUUACAAAAUGGGCAGCUGAGGAUGAUGAGCGCCGUAUCUCUGUUUAUAAUGUGUCCUUUGUGGGCAUGGUACUUCCCGGAGACACACUCCGGAUUUCCCUACAACACGUGGCAAUGAAGAACGGUCUGAAAGUGGUUCAGAUCGACGUUUCGAAGCAGGAUUCGGGUGAAAAAGUCCUUUCAGGAGAAGCACACAUUCAUCAGCCCCCCACGGCCUUAUUUUUUUCGGGACAAGGAAGCCAGCAAGCGUCUAUGGGUAUGGACCUCUACGAGCGAUCAUCCAUCGCCCGGAAUCUGUGGGACCGCUGCGAUGCCUACUUUGAAAAUCAAUUCGGUUUCCAGCUUCGCAAAAUCGUUUGCGAAAACCCCACAGAGCUCGUGAUUCAGUUCGGGGGACCUCGUGGUCGUCAAUUGCGUCAAAAUUACAUGCAAAUGGUGUACGAAAUUCCGGAGGACGGCUCCAUUCAUCUGCGUCGGAUGUUUCCCGAGGUGAACGCAGAGACAACGGCAUAUCGAUUUCGUUACCCCGGUGGCCUUCUAUUCGCAACGCAGUUUGCUCAGCCGGCCUUGACUGUGAUGGAAAUGGCAUCGUUUCAAGAUGCUGCGUCCCGGCAAGUAGUUCCCCAAAAUGCAGUGUUUGCCGGUCAUUCCUUGGGAGAAUACGCCGCCUUGGCAGCUGUGACGGAUUUCGUGGCGUUGGAAAAGUUGCUCUACGUCGUGUUCUGUCGUGGACUGACCAUGCAGGCUGCCGUUGAGCGUGACGAUUUGAAUCGCUCUAGCUAUGGAAUGGUGGCCGUUGAUCCUUUUCGAGUCUCUCCUGCAUUCAAUGAUUCUGGGCUUCAGACUGCCGUUACUCUGGUCUCCAGACAUACUGGUUUUGUGGAAAUCGUGAAUUUCAACGUGUCCUCUCGUCAAUACAUUUGUGCUGGAGAUCUACGCGCUUUGGAUUGUCUUCAGCAUGUUUUGGAUGCACUUUCAACCAAAUACACCAGCGACCUAGAUGCGUUGGAGACUCUGAUUCGCCAGCAAUCUAUCGCAUACGAAGAGGUUCAAGCUUCAACCUUGCAGCUACGCCGCGGACGUGCGACCGUUCCCUUGGCUGGAAUUGAUGUUCCAUUCCACUCUUCCCAGCUCAAGCCAAUGAUUGAGCCAUUCCGCCGGAUUUUGAGCACUAUCCUAGAUCUGCGCGGGGCAAUUAAUCCUGCCCAGCUGGUCGGUCGGUACGUCCCUAAUCUGACUGGCACGCCCUUUUCCCUUGAUCCAUUCUACAUCAAGGCUAUACUUGCGAGGACGGGGUCUACGCAUCUUCGGCACAUAUUAGACCACUGGGAUUCGGAGUGGGGGUCGCGCAUUCGGCGUGAGCGCGCGUUGCUAUCGGGCAUCGGGCAGUAA